AUGCUCUCGGUUGUAAUCUUCCCCACGCGAACUUCCACGCUUCCAGUAAAACCGUUGGCCGUGAAAAUUCUCAACUCAACCGAGUCGCUGGCCGCGCACAAGGAGUACCAGAUCGUCUGCCAGUCGACCGGGGCUCGUCCGAAUGCGGUCAUCCAGUGGACGAAAGGGAAGAAGACGCUGAAGCGCGUCAAGGAGUACUCGAUUCGCAACACAACCUACUCGAUACUGACUUUUGUGCCAACGGUCGAGGACGAUGGGCGCAUUCUGGGGUGCCGAGCGCAGAAUCCCAAAGUGGCCGGCCUUUUCCUGGAGCAACUCCAAAACAUCAGCGUACACUAUCCUCCGGUGGUGCUGUUGCAGCUCGGCUCUACGCUUGCCAUGGACGACAUCAAGGAAGGCGACGACAUCUACUUCGAAUGCAAGAUACAGUCCAAUCCGUCAUGGCGACGGUUGACCUGGCUGCACAAUGGAGUGCCACUACCUCAGAACUCGUCAUCAACGAAAAUCGUCCGCUCAAACCAGAGCCUGGUCAUACAGAAGGUGACGCGCUACUCGAGCGGUUCGUACCAGUGUGGAGCGCUCAAUUCCGAGGGAGAAACUCUCAGCAACGAGAUUGUGCUUAGCAUCAAAUAUGUUCCUCUGUGUGCCACGGAUAAAAUUGUCAGCAUCGGGGUCUCACUGGACGAAACAAUCACAAUCAGCUGUGAUAUCAUCACGCAUCCCUUAGCGAGCAAGUUUUACUGGCGCUUCGAAAACUCGGAGGAAGUCCUGGAGAUCGACCAGCAUCGUUUCUCCAGCAAUGGUUCCUCGAGCCAGCUGCACUACACGCCGACCACCGAGCAGGAAUAUGGGACGUUGUCUUGUUGGGGCACAAAUGAGAUUGGCACCAUGGCAGAACCGUGCAUUUUCCACCUGAUUGCAGCCGGCCUUCCAACGUCUGUCAUCAAUUGCGCAUUUCGUAAUUCCACCAACGCAUUCGACAUCAAUUGUCAUCAAGGAUACGACGGAGGUCUCAAGCAAUCGUUUGUGCUGGAGAUGCUCUCAAGUCGUCAUCCAGGCCACAGCAUCAACGUGACCAACACUGAGGAACCCGUCUUUAGUAUCACGUCCCUGGACCACAUCCGUCACCAGUUGCCAGGGCAACGCCAGUCGGACUCGCUCAAGCUGUACGUUUACUCGAUCAACCAGAAAGGCCACAGCCCACGGAUAUUCAUCGCUGAUCUGGUCAUGCCGGCCGCUUCCAAGGAUCCGGAACCUGUCAAAGACCGCAAGUCCACACUCCUGACGCCCAUCCUCAUCGGCCUAUUCCUAACCAUUGUGCUGAUCAUCGUCGUCAUCGUUGUUAGAAUAUAUCUGAAAUCGAAAAGACUUAAACAAAAUAUCAACAAGGAGAAACGAUACACUGAGGAGUCUAAGAAUACGCUUCUGCUGGUCGACUUGUCAAAGAAGGAUAAGCCCGCGAAAUCCACCAAAUGGAUGAACAACGUUGGUAGCAGCAUCAAAACGAAAACCAAAAUAGAAACAAUCGACGACGAGCAGGACCCUGACCUGAUACCGUAUCCUCGACUGACUGACAUCCACCAGGAGGAGUUGAUACCAAUAAACUCGGACGGUACGGCGUUCGCCAUCAAACAGAACCACCAUCAGCUGCCGCAGCAAGCACUGGACACUGACAAGGGUUUGGACAGGGACAAGGAUCGGUUCUACCAGCACCAGCAGCCCAUCAUCUCCGGAACCGGCUACCGGGACGAGGAGAUCUCCGAGGCGGAAAUCAACCUGAAAGGAAUUGAAGACUUCCUAAUGACAAACCGAGUGCCGGAAAGCUGUGUAUGAUAUCGAUCGGCCAUAUGCCGUAGGAAAUCGUGGUACACGUCGCCGAGUUUGGUCCCUUUCGCUUCGGUUUGGUCAUCUGGAACACGGCGGGAGAUUCCAGCACCAGUCGCCAACAAGUCGUUCGUUUUGGUGCGUUCGGAUUCGAUUGAUUCAAUUUAUCCCGUCAGUCAUUCGUUCAUUUCCGCCUGUUUCGAAGUGAAUCUUCGCAACGGAGUUUUUAGCUGCAAAGUUGUUGGGAAGAUUACCACCACCGGCCGACGGCUGCGAAUGAAAUCGGAAAGUUCUUUCUCUUAGUAGGAAAUGGAUCGGAAAUGGACUGCGCCAAACGCCAAAGAGUAACUUUUCCCUGCUCGGACUGACAAAUGUCCAUCAAAUGAGGAAACGAUCCGUACAGGACGAGGAAGGAAUUCGUUUGAAAGUGGCAAACGAAAAGCAAAAAGUUUCAUUUCCAAUAAGCCCUGGCGAAGCAUCCUAUAACGCUGAGUUGAGGAGUUGAGUUACUGUAUCCGUGUAUACAACACUCAAUGUUGGCUUAACUU